AAUCUGUGCUAGAGCACAGGUGCAGCCCCAUAAAUGUGGGAUAAAUUGGGGCCGAUCCGGUUUCACAGCCCCCUGCCGUCUUGGUGAGGGGGGUUCCUUCACCGCUGGGUGGGGGGAGUGUGUUUGGGGCUGGUGAUGGGCAGGAGGUGCCCCUGUUUUGGGCAGAAAUAGGUGAAUUUGGGCGUUUGCGUCGGGAGGGAAGGAAGGAGGAGCAGCGGCAGCAGCGGCUCAUCGCCACCCACCCGCGGGGUGGGGGCUCGGGGGCGCCCGCAUCAUUCCCCGCAUCCCGCCCCGCAUCCCCCGCGCCGGGCGCGGCCGGUGCCGGUGCUGGGGUGGGGGGGGCUCCUCGGCCGGUCCCUCCCGCCGGGCGGUGCCGGGGGGCGGCGGGGCGGUCUCUCGUUCUCCCUCCCCGCAGCCCGGGGGAGGCCCUUGGCGCUGGGGGCGGCGCGGCCGCAGCGAGCCCGGCGGGGAGCGGAGCGGGGCUGGGAGCGGGUGCUCGGAGCGGGCCGAUGGCGUUCAGCGCCUGGCAGAUCCUCUCGCCGGUGCAGUGGGCCCGCUGGACCUGGUCGGCGGUGCGGGGCGGGGGCAGCCCCGACGGGGAGGACGGCGGCGGGGCCGGGGAGGCGGCGGAGGAGGAGGACCCGGCCCUCGGCUUCAGCUCGGACUCCAAAGAUAGUUUUGAGACCCCUGAAGCAGAAACGCCGACCUGCUCGCUGAUAAAGGAGCCGUCACUGGAGCCUGAGGCCGGGACCCGAGAACCAAGUGGCCAUGGUGACCUGCUGGUAGGGGAAGCCUGUGGGGACAGCUCGCUAGGGAAGCACCCCAAAGAUGAGGCUCAACCAGAGAUCGGAGCCCCUAAAGCCAGUUUGGAUGCGAAAGGGGAAAAUGACCCUGAAGACUCAUCCCUGAUGCAACUGCGGGAUCACACCCAGCCCCAAGGAGCACCGGGCAACGGGGCCGACCAGGAGCGGGUCAUGUUGGGAGAGGAUGCAGCGGAUGCCAGCAUGGGGAUGGUGGAGCCAAAGGGUGAUGCUCUGGCCUGGGAUGGGAAAGGGAUAACAGAAGGAACCACAGAGGAGACCCCGGAGCAGUACGAUGGGAGUGUAAACCCCGCUGUGGCAGGGGGCUGCCGGCUGCAGAGCUCCCCCCCAGCAGCCCCAUGCUGUCCCCCCGAUCCUGGUGACAGCACUGGGGAGCAGCAGGGGGACCUGGAGCACAAAGAGCAGAUCCCAAAACCCGAGGUUGAUUUGAUGGAGGGAGGAGAGAGCCCGGAGACCAGGAGAGCAACACCCAGGAGGGGCAGCAGGAUCCCGGCCAGCAAAGUGACACCGAAGAGACACCGGGACCCCCCCAGGAAACCAGCUGAGGAUGCAGAGAGGGGCCCCAUAGAUCUGCCUCCCCCUGGAUCCCCCCGGCUGGGUCCUGCACCCCGGAUAAGCCCCUUGGGUGGCAGCUCAGCGCUGCAGAACUUGCCGGCUGUCCCCAAAGGGUCCUACCAGUUUGACCCCAAUAACUUCGAGGCAAUGGAUCCGUUUAAGCCCACCAAGACCCUCGGCAGCUCCACCACCGACUCCUGCCCCACUGCUGACAACAGCCUCAAUGAGAUCCUGGAGUCUCAGGCGCUGGAGGUGCAGGAUGAUCUCGGCAGAGGCAGCGGCUCCCCAAAGAAGCCCAAGUCCCGCCUGAUAACGAGCGGCUGCAAGGUGAAGCCAUACGAGACACAGCCCCUGGUCCUGGAUGUUGGCGCUCAGGGUGAAGGAGCGUUGAUCUCUGAAAUCCCAGAUAUUGCAAAUCGGGAUGGACGUGCCACUGAUGAGGAGAAGCUGGCCUCCACCACUGCGCAGAAACCGGCCGGGCUGGAGAAGAAAGCUGAGCCUGAAGAUGACCUGGAGUACUUUGAGUGCUCCAAUGUCCCUGUGCCGGCUGGGAAGCACAGCACGGAGCCAGGCUUUGAAAAGGAGAUCUCCAAGCAGAUGGAAAAGGACAUCUUCCCUGGCAAUCCUGGGCUGUGCUCCAUGGAAAAGUCCCCCACAGCCAUCACCAGUGUGAGCAGGAGCGACAGUCCCUUGGACAGCAUCUGCCUCAGUGAAUGUGAGAAGACAGCCGUGCUCACGCUCAUCCGAGAGGAGAUAAUCACAAAGGAGAUCGAGGCAAGCGAGUGGAAGAAGAAGUAUGAAGAGAGCCGCCAAGAAGUGCUGGAGAUGCGGAAAAUCGUGGCUGAGUAUGAGAAGACCAUUGCCCAGAUGAUAGAGGACGAGCAGAGGACGAACAUGACGUCUCAGAAGAACCUGCAGCAGCUCACGAUGGAAAAGGACCAGGCUCUGGCAGACCUGAACUCGGUGGAGAGGUCCCUGUCGGAUCUCUUCAGGAGAUACGAGAACCUGAAGGGUGUCCUGGAAGGCUUUAAGAAGAAUGAAGAAGCUCUGAAGAAGUGUGCUCAAGAUUACCUAACCCGGGUCAAGCAGGAAGAGCAGCGGUACCAGGCCCUGAAAGUCCAUGCAGAAGAGAAGUUAGACAAAGCCAACGAGGAGAUCGCCCAAGUGCGUGCUAAGGCCAAGGCAGAGAGCACGGCGCUGCACGCUGGGCUGCGCAAGGAGCAGAUGAAGGUCGAGUCCCUGGAGAGAGCCCUGCAGCAGAAGAACCAGGAGAUUGAGGAGCUGACCAAGAUCUGCGACGAGCUGAUCGCGAAGCUGGGGAAGACGGACUGAGUCCCACCACCCCUCGCCCAGCACUCUGCACUUGGCCGCUUUCCUCGUAACGUGCAGCACUUUGCCUUACCCCCAGGACCCCGGCACAGAGCACAGCAUCCUGCUGCCUGCUCCCUGUAUCCCAGGGCUCCGGGUCCCGGAUCCCUGCAGUCAGGCUGCGUGUCCGUGUCCCUCUGCAUUGAUGCCACCUCUUAGCUGGGAGGUGACACACCCCAGGCUCUGUCCCCUUUGUCUGGGUCUAGUUGUGCCCCUACACGCUCUUGCCACUUACUGUCCUCUCCUGCUCCACUGCGCAGGUUGGCCCCAUGAGGUCCUGCCCUGGGAUGUGGGUGAUGCCGAGGUUGGAGCCACUGGCCCUUGCACUAGGGAGGGGACCUGGCACAUGGGUGCAUGGCUGGGGAGAGGCAGCAAAGGGAUUCGGGGAGCCCAAACCACACAGGUUUGUGGCCACCUUUGGCCAACGCAGCCUCCCAGUAGGUCGAUUGGUUUUGGGAGAGGUGUUGGUGUCCAGGGCGCUGGUCCCAGUCUCUGGUCCAUGGGUGGAACGCAGCACAGAGCAUCCUCAUCCCUGGCUGUGCCAAUGGAACCCAAUGUCUCUGCAUUCGUGCACUUUAUUAGCAUUUACGAGCACUGAGGCUCUCUGCUCACUUCUUCCAGGCAGGCACAGUCCUGCUACACGUCUCCUUCCCCUGGGAGCACAGAUACGGACACACAACCUGUAUUAACUUAAGUCCUCUCAAAGGAGAGCCCGGCCAAGGGGAGAGCAGGAGGCUUCUGCACCGGGAGGUGUUUGAGAAACGGGGGAGAUGCUGGUUCUGCAGAGCUGGGGCUUGUCCAUUUCUCUGCCCUGAGGGGUGUCAGUCCCCUUCACAGCACUAAAGCCAAGCCCCGUGCCCUUGGCUCCCCACGCCACAGCCACAUUAGCUCCCACGGUGGAUGUUGCAGGAGGAAGGAGGAAAUUGCUUCAUGAUUCUGCUGGCUUCUCUUUCCCCAUCAGUGCAGAAAGGAGGAGCGCAGCCCUGCCCGGCUCUUGUGCUGCUGUCAGUAAUGCCCUUGCAGCACUGAAUGGGAAGAGAAGCAAACAAAAGCCAGCCUUGACAGGCACAGGCAGAUCCAGGCAGCAGCGAAGUACACUUUGAAAUCUAUGGAUGCAGCCCAAGAUCUGCUUUUCCAUGCAGGCAGGGUGCCCGCUCCGCCUCGGAGUCCGUGUUCAUGGGCAUGCAAACUGCUGAGGUUGCCUUUGGCUGUGCUGGGAAGCUGGGGGCUCCUCAAGAUAUGGGGUUCCAUGGGGUGCUGUGGGGCAGUGCAGAACCAUCCCACCCUGCAGAAGGCGGACGGAUGGGAUCAGGCAAUAGCUGCAGUGAUGGAAGGAGGACUCUCUGCUAUUGCCUUGAGCAGGGAGUCGUAAAGCAUCACAUAAGGGAAGUAUUUGCUCUUUGGACUGUUUCCUACCCAACCUAUCUAGGACUUUCACAAACCUUUUUGCUGCUACCUUUUUGUAAGAGAAUUGAGCUGUUUUCCUUCUAUUUUCUAAUCCCCCGUGGUGAGCAUGCAGCGUUUAAACCAGAGCCAUACACUUGAUUAUAUUUUAGUAGUUCUAUGAUGUAUAGAGAGAGUUUAUCAUACAUUUAAGCAGACUAAGAUGCCAGCAGCCUGCCCUAGCACGCAGAGUCCAGGCCUGUUCCCUGCGCUCCCAGUUAUCCCAGUGACCAGGCUGGUAGCUUGUGGUGGGGAAGCCGAUGGCUGACACCAUCCAUGGCUUUGUGCUGAAUAUUUGCCCCUUUGCACAGCUGACAGAAAGGAAAGCCCUUUUUUCUGCUCUUUUCUCCCCUCUUUGUCCUCCCCACACACCCAUGGGCUGGCAGGAAAGCCUUUGGUAGGUGAUGUGCAAAGAUGAUUCCUGUUUGGGAAGCCAAAAUGCCAGCUUCAGCUCACUGGAGCAUCACUCCCUUUCCCUUUGAGUCAUCAGCGUUUGGGAUAUGCAGACUACAGCACUGCUCUCCUCACGUGUCCCACUCCAGAACAGCAUUCCUGCCUGGAUGUGUGAGCCUUCGGACCUCCUGGGGGUCUAUGCGGGUGAAUUGAACCCCUUGAGACCAGGAAUUUCUUAGGGAGCUGGGUUUUGCUCUUUGCAGCAGCAUCCUCCCCAUCUGCUUCCCAGCUUCUCCCGGUCCCAUUCGCUGCCUCUGUCACCCCAGUGCUGCUGCAUCCCUGCGCCUGUCAGCAUGCACUUCCAGUCUGGGCAAAGAAGAUUCCUAAGGAAUGAUUUAUUAACUAUAAUAUGGUUAUAGUUACAUAUAUAUAUAUAAGUAUAUGUAUAAUGGUUAUAGUUCUAUAUAAUAGGAGGCGUGUGUUUGUAGCUGCAAGCGGGCAGGACUGUCGCAUCCUGGAUGCCGCUCUCAGGAGCCAGCAGUGGAGCUGUGGAUGGGGCUGGCUUAGCCCCGGAGCUCCCGUGGCACGUUCAGAUGCCACCCCAUUGUUCCAGCACAGGGGAACACUGCAGGUACCCACGUUUGGGGUCACAGCAUGGUGGUGUUUGUCAUCUUCUGCUUGCAGCAGAGUUGAAAUCCCUGCAGAUCCCUGUAUCCAGUGAAGUGCCAAUGAGGAACUGCCCUGACUUUAGAUGGCUCCCCCCAAGGCAGGCGCUUCCCUGCACUGACCCCAAUCGCUUCCCACCACGUGUGUAACUGCCAUCGCCAUCGAUUUUAUAUGUACAAUGAUUUCCCUUUUAUAUGUCAGGUAAAUAUUUGUAAGAGUUAUACUCACACAAAUGAGAUUAUUCUAAUGAUUACUAAUAUAUUUUUUUUUUUGCCAUGUUUCAUUGCCUGAAUAAAACUUGUGUUUAUCACUCUUGAAA